ACCGGAAGUAGCCUGUUAUUUUGCAGGAGUCGGUUUUUCCGCAGGGCGGAAAAGGCCUGUCAGCAUGUGUCCCUACAAUUUCCAGCCCCCUUUCCUUGCAGGACCCCAUGAGUAAGCUGUGGCGGCGCGGGAGCACCUCUGGGGCUAUGGAAGCCCCUGAACACGGCUCUCCUUACGCAGGGGAAGCGCUGGAAUUGAGUCUGGCGGGUGCCCACGGCCAUGGAGUGCACAAGAAAAAGCACAAGAAGCACAAGAAAAAACACAAGAAGAAACACCAUCAGGAAGAGGAGGCUGGACCAACGCAGCCAUCACCUGCUAAGCCCCAACUUAAACUCAAGAUCAAACUGGGUGGGCAGGUCCUGGGCACCAAGAGUGUUCCUACUUUCACUGUGAUCCCUGAGGGUCCUCGCUCACCCUCUCCCCUUAUGGUUGUGGACAAUGAAGAGGAACCUAUGGAAGGAGUCCCCCUUGAGCAGUACCGUGCCUGGCUGGAUGAAGACAGUAAUCUGUCCCCUUCCCCACUUCGGGACCUGUCAGGGGGCUUAGGGGGUCAAGAGGAGGAGGAGGAACAAAGGUGGCUGGAUGCCCUGGAGAAGGGGGAGCUCGAUGACAAUGGAGAUCUCAAGAAGGAGAUCAAUGAGCGGCUGCUCACUGCUCGACAGCGAGCUCUGCUGCAGAAGGCGCGGAGUCAGCCUUCCCCGAUGCUGCCGCUCCCGGUGGCUGGGGGCUGCCCGGCCCCGGCCCUCACCGAGGAGAUGCUGCUGAAGCGCGAGGAGAGGGCGCGAAAGAGACGGCUGCAGGCGGCUCGGCGGGCGGAGGAGCACAAGAACCAGACUAUCGAGCGCCUCACCAAGACGGCGGCGCCCAGCGGGCGGGGAGGCCGAGGCGCAGCGCGGGGCGAACGACGGGGAGGGCGGGCUGUAGCCCCGGCCCCCAUGGUGCGCUACAGCAGCGGGGCGCAGGGUUCCACCCUUUCCUUCCCACCUGGCGUGCCCGCCCCUGCGCCAGUGUCUCAGCGCCCCUCCCCAUCUGGCCCUCCUCCUCGAUGCUCUGUCCCCGGGUGCCCACACCCGCGCCGCUACGCCUGUUCCCGCACCGGCCAGGCGCUCUGCAGCCUUCAGUGCUACCGCAUCAACCUGCAGAUGCGGCUUGGGGGGCCCGAAGGCCCUGCAUCCCCCCUUUUGGCUACUUAAGGCUCUGACCGAACCCGGACUUUGUGCCCUCUCCCCUUCCCCGUUUUCAUUAUUUUCCCCACCCUAUUAUUAAAUUUCAUCUGGUGCCUCGA